CAAACAACGGAGGACCCGCCGAGUCUUGCUCAACAGUGUUUGUUUUCAGUGUCGAAAUGGCGUCAUCUUCCAUGAUGGACGCAGUGGGAAGAGCCGUUGUGGGAGUUUGGCGGGCCCACACUACCCUGGACGAGUCGGACGGCGCAGAGAGCUCCCCCGAGGCCUGUGACCGAUUCCACAAGCUGCGCUCCUCGUCCUCCCUCAACUCGCUGCGCAUGUCCCUGCGCAAGCGUCUCCCGCUCCGCGCCGUCCAGGCCAACUCCCUCCCGGAGGAUGCCUGCGACGAGCCCGCCAAGGAGCAGCCCAAAACCAGCGCCGUCCGCAAGCUGACGCGCACCGCUCGGAACUCCAUCAGCGGGGUGUAUCAGAGGUUGCAAAUGAGCAGGGAGUUCUCCCGCGACCAGUGCUUGGUGGGGACGCCGGGUCGCAUCUGUGAGGGGGAGGAAUCCGCCUCGCCGGCGUCUCGUACCCCGAGACGCACCCCCAGGUCCACAACUACGACCAGGCGCACACCAGGCUCCAGAGGGAGGAGGACCCCUGACGGCAACGUUCGUGGGGUGAAGCACGGGGGAGGGAGAAGGCAGCUGGUUCGCAUGGCGGCGCUGCGAAGCCCUUUUGCCUCUCCUAACAUGCAGAAUCAGACACUGAAGUUUGACCAGGAUCUGGAGUCUGUCUCAAGUGGACUCAGGAGGCUUAAACGUCUCUCAAGGGCCUUCGACGAGCUCAUCGGAAGAGAUGAAAAGUGCAAAACAGCAGACGAGAGCGGCAGUUCGACAGCCACGGUGACGAUGAUGAGGAAGCUGGACCCCAGCGGGAAGCUCAGCUGCUCCAACCUGAGCCGCAGAGCCUCACGGGUGUCGGAACAACUUGGCGGCUGGGCCCACGCCGUCCGUAAAUGAGGCCCUCGCUAAGUUUGCAUGCAUUGUAUAGGACCUUUUUUUUUUUUUAAAUGUAUGUAGCCAUGUUAUAAACACCAAGGUGUCCGUUUGUUAGCCAGAGAACACAUAGAAGUGGUAUGGUACCGUGAUAUUACUUAGUAUGUUUUUCCCCCAGAACUCGUCUAUUUUUCAGUGUUAUUUGUUUGUUUACGUGUUACUCGGCUAAUUAGCUAAAUAUGGGUCAACUACCCUGAAGUGUAGCUACCAAAGGUGUUCUUGUUUUUUGAAUGUUUGUCCUCUAGCUGCUAUAACCAAAUGUAUUAGUUACAAUGUUCUAUAAACACUUGUUGUUUUUUUUUAUUUUUUAUUUUUAAUUGGAACCUUUUUACUCGUCUCUGGGAGCUACAUGUUUUUUUUUUUUAAGGAAAAACACCAAAACUAUACCUGUCAAACUAACACUAAGAUCUGUUCAUAUGCAAUAAUUUUACUAAUAUUUGUGUCACUUGUUUUUAUUGUAUGUUUUCCAUAUGUAUGUGCCUUUUUAUACAUCUUUUCUAUCAUUUUUCUGUAUACUGUAUGCCCGAUGUGGGCUCUUAAAAUGUGACCUGUGGGUGAUUUGUGUAGUCUACUCAUUUUAUAAUGUGAUAAGUAAGACUUAAUGGGUCAAAUUGAGCAAUUAUGUGCCAUGUAAAGCAUCCAUAGACCAACUUUCUAAUUACUGGAAGGGGGAAAAAUUGUCAAAAUGUGAAUUAAACUGUCUUUUACAGUAUAUAUGGUCAUUGGUCAUGUUAAAUUACUGUAUUUACAAGUCAUGUAAAAUGGGAAUCAAGGAGAAAACAGUUGCUCAUCUAUGUAUUAUUACAGGACUUCCCAAUUUGGGGUGCAAUAACAUUUCACGGGAUGUGGAAAGUUUAGUUUGGCAAUUUUUUAAUUUUGUAGAUUUUUGGGGGGGGGGGGUGGAUUUCAUUGUUUUCUUUAAAGAACUGCUCUUCUUGUAAAAUAAUUUUUUUUACCUUCAAAAUUCUUUAUUUAAAAUUAUUUUUUUUAA